AUGCGAACUCCAGGCCGCCGUCUGACGCACUCGCGCGACUCUGCGGAGGACUUCCAGGCUGAAGAGGCCCCGAUCGAUGAGCCUCGGCCGUCCGCCAGGGACGCGCAGCGGCCCUGCGUGCUCUUGGACCGCGCCUCCUUGUGGGGCGCCGUGUCGCGCUUUGGGCGUUCGCCCCGCUGCUCGGACUCGGACUCGGAGGUUGAGGCAGAGGUCCCCGCCUCCUUUAAAGAGGAGCCGGUGUGGGAGACCAGGACGCAGGAGUAUGGCUUGGAGGAUCCCAAGGAGCUGGCCUUUGACCUGUCUCCCAGCUUCUGCAGCAGCCUGGGAGCGGACCCGGGCAGUAACCAGGAGACCGCGGAGGACUUUGAGUCCCACUCUGCGCUACAGGCGGAGCCCGAGAGUCAUGAGCAACACAGGGGCCAGGCCUUGCCAAUGUGUGUAGAGCAGCCAAGCUACACUCCAAGCAAGCCUGAAGGGGGGGACCUGGCGUCUGCUGUGGACAUGUUAGUAUCUCAGCCCCGAUAUGCCUUUCAGAGCCCAGACGAUGCGCAAGCGGCGUGCGAAGUCGAGGCAGAGACCGACGCUGCUCCGGAAAGGCCCGGCCCGAUUAUUCCAGAGACCGAUAUGCCCAUGCCAGCGUUCCGGGGUCGGAAUGCUGACCGGUCUAUUCAGUCUAUUCGCGGCGAGAUGCCUGACCUGCACCUUCACGGUGAUGCCUUUGUUCUCAGCAACCCGCUGAGGGACGAGAUGUCAGCUCCUCACUGCAUGUUUGGACGAUCGCAUGUUAAUAUCCUGGCUCGCCCCGAGUUCUUGCAUGGCCCUUACAGGAUUCGCCGGUCGGAGUCUGCACCCAACUUCAUGGUCCUCAUCGGCCGGGGUAACUGCGUCGCCAAGCCGGCCAAAGGAGCUGGAGCGACCAUGGAGCCCGCGAGGAUCAGUGGAGCUAGCGCUGCUUCCCGCAGUUCGUCGCUGUGGGAUGUUGACAGCACCCAGUCGCUGAGCCCCAGAGCACAGCCAGCGCCGCCUGCGGCACAAGACCCGCCGGCCAGAGCCAGCUGUGCCAGGGAUGCGCAGGUUGAGCUCGAGCUAGCGCACGAAGCGAUCGAGCACGACCCGGAAUGCCUAGAACUUCCCCGAGAGGAGGCUUCGCCCAACUCUCUUUCCCCAAUGGACCUGAGGUUGCUGGACGAGGCCUGUGAAGCCUCACCUUCUUCUUCGGCCUCGCCGCCGCCCCGCCGCUGCUUCGCCUGCAUGCCGUGGAGAGCUACGGGCACAAGCAAGAAGCCCGACAGUACGCGGACACCCAGGAAGGCUGGGUGCUGCAGAAGCUGA